AUGAGAGAGAAGAGUAAAGGUGCUGGUAGUAUUCAGAGUAAUGACAAGAUGUUGGAGCAAGGCAUCUCGUGUAUUAUUAGCAACAUCAAACAUUGCACGCAGGCCAACAUCAAUUACAGAGACAAUACAUCAUUUACAUGUGACACUCGUGCCGUGUGUCGCACUCAGAGACAAACACAUAACUGGUACAGUACAAGCAACAUCAAACAUUGCACACAGGCCAACAUCAAUAACAGAGACAAUACAUCAUUUACAUGUGACACUCGUGCCGUGUGUCGCACUCAGAGACAAACACAUAACUGGUAUAGUACAAGCAACAUCAAACAUUGCACGCAGGCCAACAUCAAUAAUAGAGACAAUACAUCAUUUACAUGUGACACUCGUGCCGUGUGUCGCACUCAGAGACAAACACAUAACUGGUACAGUACAAGCAACAUCAAACAUUGCACACAGGCCAACAUCAAUAACAGAGAAAAUACAUCAUUUACAUGUGACACUCGUACCGUGUGUCGCACUCAGAGACAAACACAUAACUGGUACAGUACAAGCAACAUCAAACAUUGCACACAGGCCAACAUCAAUAACAGAGACAAUACAUCAUUUACAUGUGACACUCGUGCCGUGUGUCGCACUCAGAGACAAACACAUAACUGGUACAGUACAAGCAACAUCAAACAUUGCACACAGGCCAACAUCAAUAACAGAGACAAUACAUCAUUUACAUGUGACACUCGUGCCGUGUGUCGCACUCAGAGACAAACACAUAACUGGUACAGUACAAGCAACAUCAAACAUUGCACACAGGCCAACAUCAAUAACAGAGAAAAUACAUCAUUUACAUGUGACACUCGUACCGUGUGUCGCACUCAGAGACAAACACAUAACUGGUACAGUACAAGCAACAUCAAACAUUGCACACAGGCCAACAUCAAUAACAGAGACAAUACAUCAUUUACAUAUGACACUCGUGCCGUGUGUCGCACUCAGAGACAAACACAUAACUGGUACAGUACAAGCAACAUCAAACAUUGCACGCAGGCCAACAUCAAUAAUAGAGACAAUACAUCAUUUACAUGUGACACUCGUGCCGUGUGUCGCACUCAGAGACAAACACAUAACUGGUACAGUACAAGCGACAUCAAACAUUGCACACAGGCCAACAUCAAUAACAGAGACAAUACAUCAUUUACAUGUGACACUCGUACCGUGUGUCGCACUCAGAGACAAACACAUAACUGGUACAGUACAAGCAACAUCAAACAUUGCACACAGGCCAACAUCAAUAACAGAGACAAUACAUCAUUUACAUGUGACACUCGUGCCGUGUGUCGCACUCAGAGACAAACACAUAACUGGUACAGUACAAGCAACAUCAAACAUUGCACACAGGCCAACAUCAAUAACAGAGACAAUACAUCAUUUACAUGUGACACUCGUGCCGUGUGUCGCACUCAGAGACAAACACAUAACUGGUACAGUACAAGCAACAUCAAACAUUGCACACAGGCCAACAUCAAUAACAGAGAAAAUACAUCAUUUACAUGUGACACUCGUACCGUGUGUCGCACUCAGAGACAAACACAUAACUGGUACAGUACAAGCAACAUCAAACAUUGCACACAGGCCAACAUCAAUAACAGAGACAAUACAUCAUUUACAUAUGACACUCGUGCCGUGUGUCGCACUCAGAGACAAACACAUAACUGGUACAGUACAAGCAACAUCAAACAUUGCACGCAGGCCAACAUCAAUAAUAGAGACAAUACAUCAUUUACAUGUGACAUUCGUGCCGUGUGUCGCACUCAGAGACAAACACAUAACUGGUACAGUACAAGCAACAUCAAACAUUGCACACAGGCCAACAUCAAUAACAGAGACAAUACAUCAUUUACAUGUGACACUCGUGCCGUGUGUCGCACUCAGAGACAAACACAUAACUGGUACAGUACAAGCAACAUCAAACAUUGCACGCAGGCCAACAUCAAUAACAGAGACAAUACAUCAUUUACAUGUGACACUCGUACCGUGUGUCGCACUCAGAGACAAACACAUAACUGGUACAGUACAAGCGACAUCAAACAUUGCACACAGGCCAACAUCAAUAACAGAGACAAUACAUCAUUUACAUGUGACACUCGUACCGUGUGUCGCACUCAGAGACAAACACAUAACUGGUACAGUACAAGCAACAUCAAACAUUGCACGCAGGCCAACAUCAAUAACAGAGACAAUACAUCAUUUACAUGUGACACUCGUACCGUGUGUCGCACUCAGAGACAAACACAUAACUGGUACAGAGGAGGGCAGAGGUCAUGCUGGAAUCAUGAAGACCAUGAAGAUCAUGAAGAUGAAGGGGGCAAAGUCUUCAAGGGUGUGACACCGGAGGGCCAUGAAGCUGGGCGGACAGCACCGGAGGAGAGAAAAGGCAGGGCGGAGAGGGGGCCAAUAUGCAGCGCCAGCCUAGUCGCAACAUUCCUCUCCGCUGAAGAUGUCUUCAAGGGUGUGACACCGGAGGGCCAUGAAGCUGGGCGGACAGCACCGGAGGAGAGAAAAGGCAGGGCGGAGAGGGGGCCAAUAUGCAGCGCCAGCCUAGUCGCAACAUUCCUCUCCGCUGAAGAUGUAUCAAGUGUCUACCAUCACUCUGGUAGCAGGGACGUGGUCACUGAGUGGGCAUUGAGUGAGUGUGAGUGA